GCCUUCCCACAUGGGCCACCCUACUACUUAUUUCAACCACUGCUGCCCUCAAACUACCUACCUACCGAGACCUACGGAUCGACCAGUCCAGACGAGGCAUUCUACAGAUCGCUUUUCAAUAAUCCUAACUCAGAAAUCAACGUCUGGGGUGAGGAUGUCUUGAAAGGACUGACGGACAUCGUACAGGGGUUGCAAAACGACACCGAGAAGAAAACCAUCUUGUUCACGAGCGAUGUGCCAAAAUACUUCUUAGCUCAUCUCGAUGUGCUGAGCCAGCUGCUCGACCCGACCAUCUCCCAAAGAUCCGUCGAGCUCUUCUACAGGCUGACCAGUCUCCCGCAAGUAACAAUUGGUGCCAUCAACGGUGUAGCCCGCUGA